AGAGUGAAAGAGCUGCUAUUGUGAGUGCUCCUGCAGGAUCACAGUGGCCUUGAGGGAUGAAAAGCAGGCAGGAGGAGGAGGAGGGGGUGACAGCAUUCCUCCUGAACACGACUGCUGAAAGCUCGGCAGCACCACCAGCCUCCAGCGGGACUUCAGCACUACCAGGGAUACAGGCACUCAGAGGGGACCAGCCUCUGGGUUCACUCUUCUCCUGGGAAACUGUGCUCUGCUCUCCACACUCAGCUGCUGACCAACAGAGAGCAGAGACGAGCACAUCAAGAGCCACGAUGACAGAAGCCACGUCUAAAAAACAGGGAUUUAAAAAGUGUCGGAGUGCCACUUUCAGCAUUGAUGGCUUCAGCUUCACCAUAGUUGCCAAUGAGGCGGGGGAAAGCAACCGCCAUCGACUCGCAGGCUUUGCACGCUCACAGUCCCAGAAUGCACUCUGUACUGCUGUCACAGCUGCCUGCAUCACUGAACACAAAGGGAUUCUGGUUGACCCACGCAGCGCUGAGGAAAUCCUGGCUGAUGAGCUGCCGCUGCCUGACGGCCUUGGUGCCAUGGAAAAGACUGCUAUCAGGUUGCGAUGUCUUGUAAAGCAGCUGGAGAGGGGGGAGGCGUCUGUGGUGGAUCUGAAGAAAAACCUGGAGUAUGCUGCCUCAGUCCUUGAAUCUCUGUACAUUGAGGAAACCAGGCGGCUGGUGGAUCCAGAGGAUGAGCUGAGUAACAUCCAGUCGGACUCAGUGCCAUCAGAGGUUCGGGACUGGCUGGCUUCCACUUUCACCCGGCAGAGAGGUCUGCGCCGUAACGAAGAUAAGCCACGCUUCCGCAGCAUCGUCCAUGCCGUGCAGGCGGGCAUCUUUGUGGAGAGGAUGUACAGACGAACCUCCAACAUGGCUGGUCUUACGUAUCCCCCAGAUGUCAUCACUGUGCUCAAGCACGUGGACACAUGGUCCUUUGAUGUGUUUGCACUGAAUGAUGCGAGUGGAGACCAUGCUCUGAAAUUUGUCAUCUACGAGCUGCUCACCAGAUAUGACUUGAUAAAUCGUUUCAAGGUCCCUAUUUCUGCUCUCAUUUCAUUUUUGGAGUCGUUGGAGGUGGGCUACAGCAAACACAAGAAUCCCUACCACAACCUGAUACAUGCUGCUGAUGUCACUCAGACCAUCCAUUACCUGCUCCUCAACACUGGCAUGGUGCACUGGCUAACAGAGUUGGAGAUCUUUGCCAUAAUUUUUGCAGCUGCCAUCCAUGACUAUGAACAUACAGGGACCACCAAUAACUUCCAUAUUCAGACCAGGUCAGACACAGCCAUGUUGUACAAUGACCGAGCUGUUCUCGAGAACUACCACAUCAGUGCUGCCUAUCGCCUUCUACACAGUGAUGAUGACAUGAACAUUCUGUCGAAUCUUUCCAAAGACGAAUGGAGAGAGCUGCGGGCCCUGGUGGUGGAGAUGGUGCUGGCCACAGACAUGUCGUGCCACUUCCAGCAGAUCAAAGCCAUGAAAAGCUUUCUGCAGCAGCCUGAGGCGAUUGACAAAGCAAAGGCCUUAUCCCUGCUGCUGCACACAGCUGAUAUCAGCCACCCCGCCAAACGUUGGGACCUCCAUCAUCGUUGGACUACAUCUCUGCUGGAGGAGUUCUUCAGACAGGGUGAUAAAGAAGCAGAGUUGGGUCUACCGUUCUCUCCUCUCUGUGACCGCAAAUCCACCAUGGUGGCCCAGUCCCAGAUUGGAUUCAUUGACUUCAUCGUGGAGCCGACAUUCACCGUGUUGUCAGAAAUGAUCGAGAAGAUUGUGACCCCACUUAUUAAGGAGGCAUCUCGCUCUGGACUGGCCAGUCUCAGACGCUCUAGUGUCAACAGUAUCUGCGGUAGCGAUGGGAAGCAUUCCAGUGUGAAGAGUACAGGCUCGGAAGGCAGCUGCUCUCUGACCACAGUGGACUUCAAGAUCUUCAAGGUCACAUGGAACCAAGAGAUUCAUCACAACAGGGAGACGUGGAAGGACCAGGCAGCCAAAGACAUAGAGGAAAAGAGGGAGACGGAAGACGGCAGCCAGGAAGAAAAGGACACUGAGGGGGAGGAAGAGUCCAAGAGAACUGCUGACUUACCCAAAACAGGACAGCAGGAUCCGAAAACAGAUGUGGAGGAACAGGAGGAGGGGGAGGACAGAGGGCAGCAGGAGGAGAAAAAGCCUCCAGAGAAAGGAGAAAGAAAUGGAAAUGGAGAUGGAGCUGCAGAAUUGGGAUCAGGCCCAAAUGACACAGACAAGAAGAAGCCUGUUGGCCACACAGAGAAGCAGCAGCAGCAGAAUGGCCCUCAACCUUACUGCAAGAGAGCCAGCAACUCUGCUGGCUCCCACCGACUGGUCAGGUCAAAGGUGACUGAGAUGCGGCCCAUUGAUGCCAGGGGGAAAGCCAGGAAACUGCAGCGCAUCUCACUGCGCCGCCGAAAGUGAUCUUACAGUACAGGGUGCAACAUCAGCGUGAUGUCACACCACAGGACACAAGCACAUGACAAUCAGUCUUAGUUUAUAUUGCAGCUUUGUAUUCAGCUGAUCCUCUGCUUUAUUUCAGCUUGUAGAGGUGACUGUUGCUGCCUUAUCACAUCUCCAUUAUCUUCUACUGAUGUGGACCCACCACCUCUUUUAAAUCUCAAACUCUUUUUACAGCAUGCAUUUUUAUCCAUCAUUUCUUAGUUCUAAUUUUUUUUUGGUUAUUCUAAGUUUAGAGGUUUAAAUAAUAAUAAAAAAAGUUUAGCGGUUGUACUGUACAUUUUAUUGUGUCUAAAGGUUUCCCCUUUGUUUCCACUGCUUGUCCUCCAUUUCCUUUGUCCAACUGGGAGCAUUUAUGUAUUUUUUAAUGUAGCUGUACUGAUGUUUUUACAGCUCAUUAUCAUUGUGUGUGUUUUUGGCUAUAUGUUCUUUUUAGUGUUGACAAGACAUGUCAAGGCACUGCUGUACCUAUCUUUGUUUUUACCCAUCUCAGUCAGCAAUGCACUUGUCAUUACAACUCCUCACAGUGUUGCUGGUAUGACACAUGCAGCGUUGGCAUUUUCUGCAAAAAGUGGGCAGCUGAUAAACAGUUAAAGUGUGGAACUGAAACACACCUGAACUGAUGAUGUGGUAACCUGCGAACUGCUAUAGUGGCAGUAUGGUAGCAUCUGACUGCUGAUCAAUUAAUUGAGGUUUGAGGUGGUUAGUAUUAUAUUUUGAAAUUUUUAGAGAUGUUCUAUAUUCAAUUCAAAGAGUAUCGUACAAGAUUGACAUCAGGUUCUAUAAGGAAGAUGUCCCAAGUCGUCACAUAUUGCCACUUUGUAGUGGACUUUUGCAUCUACAUAUUACAUUCCAAGUAUCCUGUAUCUGCUGCUGAUGUACUGAGGUGCUGCUAUUGUGAUAUCAACAUAAGCAUAUUGUGAGAGGGUGCUACAUCUGGUUAUGUUUAAGCAACAAAAGCACAUGUUAGCACAGAUGGUUAAGAUUAGGCAAAAGAGGGACAUUCUAAAGUGAAAAACAACCCCAUCACAUUCAGGCAGGAAGUGAACACUGGACUCCCACAAAGAAAUCCGCAAUUCGUUGGAUCAAUCCACCACCCCUACUGCUUGCUCUAUAGGAACCUUUGUGUUCUUUAUAAUAUGUUGUUGCCAGCAGUGUUUCUACCUGAUGCUGUCCAGCAGUGUAUUAUGCGGAUGUGACUGGUACCGUCCUCAUGCGUCCUCAACUGCCACUGCUCGUCUGUGUAUGAUGCUGCUGCAGGUUUUGUCUGGCCAUAUAAAAACACUAUGAACAACACUGUAUGCUAAAAUCACUGCAAAAUUAGCGGUAUGUGACGACUUUGGAAUGAGAGUGGGCUGGAAUAAGCCACAGCUUGUCCAGGUGAUCUGCGGCACAGAGGCAGGUGAGCUGCAGGUGAGCUCUCCCUGGUGUUAUAUUAAAAUGUCUGACUGUUUGUGAGCUGAUAAAAAAUUAAUAAAUAAAAAGAUAAGUUUUAAG